UAAACCGCUUCAUUUCACUAAUCCGAAAAAGAAAAAGUGAAAAAAGAAACGAUCGGCGGCCGUGGAAUCGCUCCGAUGGCGACGGCGGCGGCGGAGAAGCCAGUGAUCGUGAUCGGCGUCGACGACAGCGAAUGCGCAUUCGCCGCUCUGCAGUGGACAUUGGACCACUUUUUCUCUCAAACUUUACAUCCGCCGUUAUUCAAACUCGUCGUCGUCCACGCCAAACCAAUUCCUGAAGUCUUCGUCGGAGUCGCCGGACCGGGAAUGGUGAUAGGAUCUGCGCCUGGAAUGUACCAAUUAUUGGACGAGAAUCUGAAGAAGAAAGCAGCAGGAAUUAUCGAAGCCGCGGGAGGAAUCUGCGCCGCUAAAUCGGUGAGUGGCGUUAUGUUCGAGGUGGAAGAAGGAGAUGCAAGGAAUGUACUGUGUAAGGCGGUGGAGAGGCACGGAGCUUCGAUGCUGGUGGUGGGAAGCCAUGGAUAUGGAGCUAUCAAGAGGGCAUUGUUAGGCAGUGUGAGUGAUUAUUGCGCUCGUCAUGCUCCAUGCACCGUCGCUAUUGUCAAGAAUCCAAAAACCAGCGCAUGAGUUUUCCAUUAGGAUCGCUUGCUUAGUUUUUAUAUUUAUAAUAAGUUUUUUUAACUUUCCAUUUUUUAUUUUUAUUUUGUAUUUGGUAUACGUCUUUGUUAUUAACCAACCACUCACUAAUUAAUCCAUGAAUAUAUAAUAUAGUCAUCUUGCCAAUUGUGUUUAAAA